AGAAUGCAAGCAGGAAGCACCUUAUCAGGAAAUGCACUUGGCUUUGGGCACACACUUCAGGAAGACUCCGUGAGCUGGUAUUUGCACCCACCGGUGUGCCUUUCCUGCCCCAUGCGGUGCUGUGUGACCCAAAGCCUCGUGUUAGCUCUUUGGCCUGAGCCAAGGGAAUAGCUCACGUUCACCAGGACUCGAAUUUGGAGCCUUCCCAAAAUCGAGACAUCCAGGACUAGACAGGAUUGGUGUCACUCCGCAGACUGAUCCCACCGGACUCUCAAUGAAGGAACUUCUCAUCUUUGGGGUGUUAUGCUCUCUAGCGGGGACUUCACAGACGGAGAGGUCGCCACUCAUUUUGGAGGCACGGUUUCAGUCCAUAAACUUUGAAAACAUCUUUGUGUGGAAAAGUGGCGAGGAGACACCUCCAGGGACGCUAUAUGAUGUACAGUAUAAAAAAUAUGGGGACCCAUGGCAGGAGAAAAGUGAGUGCCAGAACAUCACCCGGCUUUUCUGCGACCUCACCCACGAGAUGAAGAACUCCACGGAGCAUUUCCACGCCCAAGUGCGGGCCCACAUACCCGACUGUUGCACCUCUGAAUGGGCAUUAUCCCCAAGAUUUCAGCCUGAAAGGGACACAAAUAUUGGGAGGCCGGAAGUUAAGUGCAUCCCUAGCGUCCAGUCCAUCCAGUUCUUCAUCCAGUCGCCAAUGAGCCCUCUGAGGAAUGGAGCCAACCAGACCUUGACUGUGGUAGACAUCUUCACACAGAUUGGCACCAAGGUUGAGUACGAAAUAACAAUCUUCUCCCCAAAGACACAGCAGAAGUGGGUUAAGACUGUGAGCAGCAAUAAACCUGAACUCACCGACUUGGAAGCAGACACCGAAUACAAUGGAGAAAUCAAAAUCAAAAUCAAAACGUCAGAGAAAACCAGCAAGCCCUAUCACUUUCGAGUGAGGACUUUACCAGACCGCACCUGGAUGCCGUAUUUGUUUGUGGUGAUCCUUUUUAUGAUCGCAUUGAGCUUUGGAACAGUAUACUAUUUGGUUUACAAGUACAUUAAACAGUACACUUUGGAGCAGCCGACAGCUUUAGAUUUCAAGGGCACGUCUCACUUCCGACCCCUGGUGCCAAAAGCGGAGGUAUUCCUGAUUCCUCAGAACCUUUCCAAAUCUGGACAAAGUCUUCCAAAGAUGCACCUGGCGAGGGAGGUGAGCCCCAAUCUUUUAGAAGAGCUGGAGAAGCACCAAAAAGUAUUCGCUUACCAGGAACAGACCAAACUGCCCUUCUUCGAGGAUGUAACUCAGUCUGUGGCUCCAGCGGAUCACCUUCCUGUGUCUUAUGCGCCACAAACCGUAAAGAGCCACCCAACAUGUGUGAUUGAUGGCAACCCUUCGACUUCAACCUACGGAUUGUGCGUCCAAGGGACCGGUUGUGCCAACAAGCUGAGCUCACAGAGAGCCACAGAGCCUGUUUCUUGUGUCGGAGACACCACAAAUAAUGGGAUCUAUAAAGCACAGAAUCCAGAACAGCUCCAGCGCAGACAGUGGAUGAACCAGGCCAACAAAGACCCAACGUUGAUGCAAGAAAAUGUGGAGCCACAACGAGACGACCAAGAUGUGGUGCCAUCACAAUGCUUAUCUCUUGUGGAAAGAAGUGUUCCUGUUUCUACAGGGAGCUAUAGAAAGCAACCCAUGGACCUGUUGCAGGCCACCCCGAAAAAUGUCCCAAAUGCUCCCAUAGGAGUUGAUUCUAUCUCGUAUUCUCAACCAUUAUUUUUAAAAGGUGCUCAACAUUCACACAAUCACAGCAUAAGGCAAUGGGAGGACUGGGAAUCGUUCACCGAAAACACUAGCCGAUGGUCCUCUUUCGGCCUUCAAACAACAGACUGCGCAAAUAAGGGAUCAGAAACUGAGCCCGAAUCCUUUAGUGUUGCGGAUGCCUUGGACACAGCUCCAAACAGUGGACUCUUUGCAGGCCUCUUCAAAGACUUGGAUCUAAAAAUCCAGUGGGACCAUGGACCAGAGGAAGAUGUCUAGUAGUCAAUGCAGCACUGCAUUGAGUAAGGAAAUAUGUUCCUUCAAACAGAACUGAAGGGAAGUACCCUCAAUAUCCCCGAUUCCUUUGUUUGAUCCCUUUUCUAUGCAUUAAAAAGGAGAAUAAGGAAA